UAGUUAGCCAGCCAACUGUAUAGCUACUGAACUUACUAACCAGUAACCUACAAGAGUCAUAUUCCUGAGCUAGAUAACCUUGGAUCUUGUUUUGUCACAAAGCCUGUCAGUGUUAAUAAUGAUUUCAUUGUUGCUUAUGUAGUGAGACAGAGGAAUUGCAUGCUGCACUGACUAUUGCAAUUAGUAAACAAGCCAGUCUACCUCUGUCUCAGUCCAGGGUCAAGAGAGACAAUCAGUAAACAAGCCAGUCUACCUCUGUCUCAGUCCAGGGUCAAGAGAGACAAUCAGUAAAAGAUGACCUCAUCAAUGCGGGUUGUGAGACAUUGUUUAUCCCUGACUCGAUGUGCAAGUUCCUCAUCUGUUGUGUGUGGAAAGGUAAUGACUAAUCCGGAAGACAUCUCCAAACUCUACCGGGAGUUGAGCCUGUUUCCCUCCUUGACCCGAGCUGACGUAGGGCCAGUCAUAACAUCGCAGUAUGGAGGAAAAUACAGCAACAUCUACACAGAAUGGAGUCAGCGGGAUCUGGAGAGGAACGAGAAUGUCAAGUUCUGUCGGCAGUACAUUGUGUUUCACGACGACAAGUCUGUGGUCUACUCUGGACCCUCAGGGAACUGCACAGAGAUCAAGGGAGAGUUGCUGAGUAAAGACUCUCCAUCAGGAGACAUGAAAGCGGUGGUGAGAGAGAGCAUCAUCAAAGGAGAGGACAAACAGUUUCUGGAGAUUUGGAGUAAGAACAUCAAAGUGAAGAGCAUCAACCUGACAGCCCUGAAGAAACAUGGCAAGGUCUAUGAAGACGACCAGUUUGGCUGCCUGGUGUGGUCCCACUCUGAAACUCACUUGCUGUAUGUGGCUGAGAGAAAGAGACUCAAGGCAGAGUCCUUCUUCCAGUCAGUGUCUCCUGAGUCCUGUUCUCUUGCUGAUGAAGAGGAGGGGGUGAAAAUGGGCAAGGAGGAGGAGACCACAAAGGGGGAGCAGUUUGUGUUUUACGAGGACUGGGGGGAGACCUUGGUCGGUAAGAGUUCACCUGUGCUGUGUGUGUUGGACAUCGAGGGUAGCAACGUCUCUGUGCUAGAGGGAGUCCCAGAUAACAUCUCGCCAGGCCAGGCAUUUUGGGCUCCGAGUGACACAGGCGUGGUGUUCGUGGGCUGGUGGCAUGAGCCCUUCAGACUGGGCCUCAAAUACUCACCCAACCGCAGGUCCUCCUUGUUCUAUGUUGACCUGACUGGGGGACAGUGUGAGCAGCUUUCAUCAGGCUCCAGUGCUGUGUGUUCCCCCAAGCUCAGCCCAGACCAGUGCAGGAUUAUCUACCUGGAGUGUGCUGUCUACGGACCUCACCAGCAGUGUAGCAGGCUUUGCAUGUAUGACUGGUACACCAAGAGGACCUCUGUGGUGGUGGAUGUGGUAAAGAGACCCAGGGAGGAUGGCUUUGCCGGGAUCUACAGCUCGUCCCUGUCUCCUCUGUGCUGGUCAGCUGACAGCCAGCGCAUCCUGGUCUCCUGUCCACAGGGCAGCCGCAAGGAUCUGCUGUUGGUGGAAACGACCACAGGGAGCGUCACCUCUCUGACAUCAAAGUCUCCAGGGGGCAGCUGGUCAUUGCUGACCAUCGAGAGAAACCUGAUGGUGGUCAGCUGGUCUUCCCCUAACUGCCCCCCCAGCCUGAGGGUGGGCUUCCUGCCACUGGGUGGUUCUCGUGAGGAGGUGGACUGGGUCGUGCUGGAGGACUCUCAGACCCAGCCAGAUAUCGAUUGGCAGAUCCUCAACUUCACCCCGCCCCCAGAGCAGGACAACAGCCAAUACCCUGGUGUGGACUUUGACGCCCUCCUGCUGAAACCAAAGGAUGUGAAGGAGGGAGUGAAACUGCCACUCAUAGUCACCCCACAUGGUGGUCCUCACUCUGUGAUUGUAGCAGACUGGCUGCUCUCCUCCUCAGUGCUGUGCAGGAUGGGCUUUGCUAUCCUACUGGUGAACUACCGCGGCUCUAUAGGCUACGGCCAGGACAGUAUCCUCUCUCUACCUGGUAAUGUGGGCACUCAAGACGUCAAGGAUGUUCAGUUUGCAGUGGAGAGUGUUCUGAGGGGCGGGGCGUUUGACGAGCAGAAGGUUGCGGUUGCCGGGGGUUCCCACGGCGGAUUCGUGGCCUGUCAUCUAAUUGGCCAGUACCCAGAGUUCUACAAGGCCUGCGUGGCUCGGAACCCCGUCAUCAACCUGGCCUCCAUGAUUGGGAGCACCGACAUCCCAGACUGGUGUAUGGUGGAGGCUGGCUAUAACUACAGUACAGAUUGCCUGCCCGACCCUGCAGUCUGGGAGCAGAUGUUAAACAAGUCUCCUAUCAAACAUGUCAAACAGGUGAAGACUCCUGUGUUGCUGAUUCUGGGAGAAGAUGAUAAGCGUGUGCCCCCUAAGCAGGGGAUUGAGUACUACAGAGCCUUGAAGGCACUACAAGUCCCCGUGCGAUUGCUAUGGUACCCUGGGAACAACCACUCCCUGUCCAAGGUGGACGCGGAGUCUGAUGGCUUCAUGAACAUCGCUCUCUGGAUGACCCAGCACCUGUCUCUGUGACGAUACCAUUAGCGAUAGCAUGCUAACCCUAUGAAAGCUCUAGCAUGCUAACAGGAUGUUAAUCUGUAUUACAACGGCGUGAGGGUCAGGCCAAAGCGUUGAGGGUACUGUAGGCUACCUGCACUAAGUCAUCUGUGAUUAGAUCAUCUGCAUCAGUUUAUAGCUUUGGAAUUACAUCUUCUGAAUGAUGGCAAGUUCUUGUCCUAUAUCAAAUAUGAAACUGUUGAAACAUUGAUUUUGCCUGUAAUUUAGCAACACUAGUCCUUAUUUUCAGCGUUUCUUCAUGAAACGGUUUCACCUAUGAUUUAACAAGGGCUACGGGUACUGCCGUUCAAAAAUGAUCCAAUACCUUUUUAUUUAGAGAGAUACUAAACAGCCGUAUAGUUUCAUCAUCUAAGUUGUGGUCAUAAUAUGAAGAGAAUGAAAAUACUUGAGCUAAACGUUAUGGACCAAGUAACGGUAACACCUGGUGAAAGGUCUCCACUACACAUUCUACUCAUUACGUUCAUUCUGAUGGUGCUUUCCAGGGUUGCAGAUGCUUUAUAUUGAUUGUAACAACCAGGGUUCUUUCUCUAAUGAUUCUAUCAAUAAAACAUGUUUUGGCUAUAAAA